AUGUCCCAUCGGUUGCUGAAGCGAGUCCAGCCUGUAUCACUUGGUGAUGCAGGCGCUGGUCAUGAAGACACUCGUGUCUUCACAGAGUACGAGCUCGGUGUCUCGUACUCUCCUGAUACGGAUGACGGAUCCGUAUCGACGGCGAUUGAAUCUAAGCCGCCUGCCAAGCGUGGCAUGGACGAUGCUUUGCGUCGCAGCAUCUUUGGUUCAUCUGAUGAGUCAGAUGAACCAUCGCCGCGAAAGGCGCUCGAGGUCGCGAGACUCGGGCGCUAA